UUCUCUCAUGAUAACCACUCAACUGGAUUAAGAUAAGAUAACGAAAUAACUAGGACACUUUAUCCUUGUAGCAUUUAUUUCAUACAUUUGCAUCAAGAAGAUUUGUAUUUCCUAAGGCUGGACCCGAUUAUUCUCUCAUGAUAACCCCCCAAUUAGAUUAAGAUAAGGUACCAACAUAAUUAGGAUAUCUUUAUUUAUCUCCUAAAGUGGUGGUGGUGUGAACAAAAAUGGUGAAAAAGUCUAGAAAAUUCCGUGUGGUGAUGGUGACGGUGAGGUCAUUGUCCUCUAAGCGUCUCUGUCUCGUCUCACUUUUUCACUUUCUCGGACUUUCGGUCUCAUGAACUCUUGGCUUUCCUUCUUCUUUCUUCACUCACCAGAAGCCGACCAGCCAGUCCAGUCCAUUCUUUCUCGUCCUCCAUCUUGCCAACAUUUCUCUGGUGUGGAUUUACUCAUCGCUUAUCAAGAUAACUUAUCAUCAUCAACAUCAAGUCUUAGAUUAGGAGCGGAGAUAAGCCUUUUGCCAUCAUGUCCUACUGGAGAAGCAGAGGAAGUAGAAAUAUUCGUACUGAGCCGGAUUCUGUCUCGACAGAGGUGGAGGAGGGGGUGAGGACAAUAGGAUAUGCAAAAUUAAAUGAAGAGGCGAAGGAAAAUGUCGACGAAAAGUCCACUACAACAAAAACCAGGGGUGGGGGAAAGGACAAGCAAGUUCUUGUGGCGAAGGAGAAUAGGGAACUUCCCCAAAAAAGCAAUGCAGGGAAGAAGCCCGGGUUGGAUGAAGGAGCAGGUACUUCUUCAAAUGUGCAAGUAUCGUCAUCCGUCAAAGCUGACGGGGCAGAACUAACCUGUGAAAAGAAGAAGGCGGGGGGGAAUAGAGACAUUUCUAAGGUGUCUGCUUCUGUCUCGACAGGGGUGGAGGUGGGGGUGAGGACACGGGCGUCCUCAAAAUUAAAUGAGGAGAUGAAGGAAAAUCUCGACGAUAAGUGGACAACAGUUAAGCCCAGGAGUUGGGGAAGGAACAAACAAGUCCUCGUCGCUAAGGAGAAUAAGGAAGCUGCUCCUCAAAAAAGUAAUGUAGGGAAAAAGGGUAGGUGGAAUAAGAAGUCCUGGCUGAAGCAAGAAGCAGUUGAUCCUUCUGAAAAUGUACAAGGAUCGUCUUCCCUCAAAGCUGAUGGGGAAGAAUCAUCCAUCACAUCAUUCAGAAACAGGAGAACUAGAAACAUUUCUGCCGUGUCGGCUGCUGUAUCGACUGGGGUGGAGGUGGGGGCGAGAAGACCCUUCUCAGCAUUGAAUAAGAGGCUUUCAGAAGAGAGGAAAAAUGUAAGCGAUGUGUCCACUACAUUUGAUAACACGAAUGGAGUAAAGGAAAAUCAAGUCCUCGUGGCGAAGGAAAAUGAGGAAGUUGUUCCUCAAAAAAAUAAUGAAGGCAACUGGUGGAAUAGGAAGCCCUGGUUAGAUCUAGAAGCAGUUGACCCCUCUGCAAAUGUACAAGCAUCAUCAUCCUCCAAACCUGAACCAUCUUCUGAGAAGAAGAAGACGAAGAAGAAUCAUGCGAGGGGAAGGAAGUGGUGGUCGAAGAGAAGGGAUGAUAAUGAGGAUAGUUCUUCAGGGUGGAAUGGAGUUGGACAAAUUUUGGACGAAGUCCCAAUUCCAGCAAGAGUCAUCGCGAACUGUUGUUCGCAACUUUAUACCUUCGUCGGAUUAGACGAUUUCGAGCACAUGCUAACCAACGAGUUUCGGGACGACAAAUUAAGACGUAAUGAGCUUGGCUGCCAACUUAAGGCAAUGAUCGAAGCGUGCAAGGCAGUUAUGCGCGAUGCAAACUUCCCGAUGACGGUAUACUCAAAAAUUCAGGGGGAUAAAGUUCGUCAAAUGUUUGAAUGGAGUAAGUAUUUGCGCGUGAAUGAAGAGGCGUUUUUUCGAGCUAUUGAGCUAUAUGAUCGGUUCCGUGUGAACCAGGAGGAAAUGCUAGGAGCUGAAGAAGUUGGGAAUAUACGAACCGCAAAGAAUGUAAAUGAGGCAUAUAAAUCCGAAAGCGUGAUUAUGUGCAUCUGUAUUGGUCUAGCAGGCAAGUUGCAUGCCAUUCGCACCCGUAACACUCCAGAGUAUGAUCCCCUGUGUACGUACGAUAUUCAAAGAGAACUGUCACGAGUGCGUUGGUAUCAAGCUAACGAUUUGUUCGAUGUUGAGAAAACGGUAUGGAAAAUUCUCAAAUUCAGACUAAAUUGGGUGACGCCGUUCGACAUUACGUCAUACUUAGUAGCAACGCUGGACCUCAAUCCAUUUGAGUUAAAAAAUGUAUAUUGCGUGGCUCUGUUGUACCUCCAGUACAGCUACAUUCGAAACGCCGACGUGUACGUUAAAGUAGAUGAAAUAUAUCGGAAUGAAUGGCUCCCAACGGAGGAAGGAGAAGACUCCAUGAGUCACGAAGAGAAAUUUAAGCGGUCAUUCGAAUAUAAUAUACCCCUUCGUGCUGCGGCUGUGGUAUGUGCGGCUGUUUCCCAUAUCGGGCAAGAAUUCCAGACCUCCACUAUCCAAAAGUUUUCGAACUUAGUGUCAGAAUCUGAGAUUAAAAUCAGCACUGUCGCUCACAUUCUGCAAGACAUUCUAACCGAUGUGCACCCUACAAAAAUUGUAAACUUAUUGGAACAGCAAUUUUAUGAUGGCUGGAAUUAAAAUAGGUGAGAUAGUCUAAAGAGGGGUCUAAGGAAUAGGAGGAAUUAUUAAGGAUCUGAUUUUUCUAUUUUGAAACUAAAUAAGUGCUUAAAAUUUCAAUUAUUACGUGUGUAAUAUUAUGUCUUUAAACUCAACAUGUAAAUAUGUAGCCUACUUAUGUAAGUUAUGUUUUUAUGUUCAUAUUUGUAUAGAUACAGUGGCUAUCAUUUUAAAAGUUUUACAUUUUGUAUACAAAGUGCAAGUUGCAUGGUUGUAUUUUUAACGUGUAUAUAUUAAUACAUAUAUAUUAUUUUUACAAAAAAUACAGGGUAAGGUAAAUGUUACUAUUUACUUUUUAAUAAAUGUUUAUGAAAAUUUA